AUGGGGUCACUGGCACAGAAGCUGACUCCCUCUGCCUUCCAGAAGCAGAUGUCUCUCACCACCAAGCAGAGGCUGGCCAGCACCUGGGAGAUGAAUCUGCCCUGGAUUGUCCAGCUUCUAGACAGGAGUGAGACCUUCCAUCACAAGGUCUCAGCAGUUGACCCAGACCAGACCUUGUUUCAUGUUUUCCCAUCAGAGGUGGUAUUUCAGAACUACGUCCCACACGAGGUCUGUGAAAUGCCACUGGUUCUGAGGAACAGGGACAUGGUUCCUCAGCUGGUGAAGGUCACUAUGGAGAGCUCACCUUAUUUCAAGUUGGUCGGCCCCGGUGGUGAGUGCUGUGAGGAUUGUUUGCACCAGCUCCUCUGCAUCACCAACAGGGGGAAGUUCAUUGUGCCAAUCCAGGCUGUUGUCUUGGACUUCCCUGCCCAGCUGGACUUCUCUGUCUGUCCAGUCAAGUACAGCACCCAGAAGACUCUGCUGGUUUGCAAUCUUGCCAAGCAGACCCACUCUCUGGGAGGCCACAAGCACGUGGCAUUCCAGUGGUCCCCUCAUCAGAUGCCCAACGCUGUAAUCUCGCAGGACAGCCCCUUCUCUGUCAUUCCAGCUGUUGGGACUCUCGACACUGGUGACACCGUACAAGUGACGGUGGAAUUUCUCCCUCUGCAGACCAGGGAUCGUUCCACACCCCUGGUAGUGCACUGUGGCACAGGUGAAGAUACCCACACAAGCCUUCAUGGGUCAGCUGUGAAUGUCCACAUCAGACUGGACAGGAAUUCUGUGACUGUUGAGAAGACUUACAUCACACUGUCAAACCACAGCACCGUGACCAUCCUCAACCACAGUAAUGUCACAGCCCACUUCCAGUGGAAGGCUUUUGCUACUCAGGAAGAGGAGGAUCAGCUGAAGCAGAGGUUCUGCCACAGGCUGUGCCAGGAGGAAAAUGCCCAGGCAGAUAAUUUUCUGGAGUGGAGCAGAGCGGACACCACUCGUGGAGAACGCCUUUCCCUGCUCUCCCACAUCUACCAGAACGAGAGGGCAAAGGUGCAAGGAGAUCCCAUGCUGUUCUGUGAUGACAUUUUCACUAUUAAACUGGUGAAAUCUCUUUCCAGGCUUGAGACCAGGCUGCUCCUGCACCUCAGGCCCCAGCUCCACUUCAAGUCUGAGGAACUGGACACUGAGAAGGUUUUUGUUGGCCAGCCCACAGAUAUGAGGGGCUGUGUCAUCAGACCAACCUUGCAUUUUGAUGUCCAUGCCCUCCACCUCGGUGACAUCUCCUUUGGCUUUCCUCGCACCUUGUCCUGCCGCCUGACCAACACCUCCCUGAUGCCCAUGGCCUUCACCCUCCACAUUCCUGGGGAGAGCCCAGCCUCACCAGCUCAGACCAGACAUCCAGGAACACUCACUCAUCCUGGAGAAAGGGAGCUCAGGGCUGGCACGUGCUCACACUGGAGGAUUGAACCCAGUAAGGGAGUGAUCCCCCCCGAGAGCGAGGUGUCUCUGACUGUCACAGCAAACCUCGAUGACACGGGGAAAUUUGAGGACAAGGUGAAGCUGUUCAUUGAGAACAGUGAAGUGAACAUCAUCCCUGUGCAGGCUGUGGGCGUUGGCACCACGAUUGUCACUGACAAACCUUUCUCUCUGGAGCUCAACUUUAAGCCCCACUUCAGCCUCACUCCCUGCUGUUACCAGUUCAAAAUAACAAACAAAGGGCGACACACCCAUCAGCUGUUCUGGACCACAGAAGGGUUCAGCAUCGUUCAGCAGCGUCGUGCCUCCGGUACCACCAAGGACAAAAGCACUUCCCAGGUCCCCAAACCUGCCAGCCCCGUGUUCAAGCUGCAGCCGCCGCAGAUGGAGCUGGUGCCGGGCCAGACCAAGGACAUGGUGCUGGAAGGCUUCUCCAGCACCCCCCAGGGGAAGUACAACUCUGCAGAGAAGCUGCCAGCUAACCCUGGUGUGCAUCCCCUGGUCCCAGGACCACUGGGCACAGAUGUGGAAGUGAAUGUGAAAUGUAUCUGCACGAAAGUCCUGCUGAGACUGGUGUUCUGA